AUGAACGUUUUAAUUACUAAUGAUGACGGUCCUUUAAAUGAUGAAUUUUCUCCCUAUAUCAAGCAUUUUAUAUAUAAUAUUUUAAAAUUCCGUCCUGAUUGGAAUAUUACUAUAGUAGUGCCUAAUGUUCAGAGAUCAUGGAAUUCUAAAGCCCAUUUGGCUGGUAAAGAUUUGAGUUUAACUUAUAUCUAUACUGAUCCAACUAAUACAGAGAGUAACAAUUAUUUCGGUCCAUUCCUAUAUUCUAUUAAAGACCAAUUAUCAAACCAUAAUUUGCCUAAUAAUUGUAUCGAAUGGUGUUUAAUUGACGGUACCCCUGCUUCUUGUGUUAAUAUCGCAUUGCAUCAUCUAAAACCCUCCGAAUAUAAUAAUAAUAGUACCCACACGUCGAAUAAUUUUGAUCUAGUCAUAUCCGGUCCAAAUGUCGGUAGAAACACUUCUGCUGCUUAUAUCACCUCUAGUGCUACCGUAGGUGCCGCCAUGGAAUCAGUUAUAACUGCAAACGUCAAGUCUAUUGCCUUAUCGUGGGCAUAUUUCAACGGCCAAAAAUUCAUUCAUAACGAAAAUGGUAUUCUUGAUAUCGCAGCUAGACAAUCCUUAGACAUAAUCACGCAUCUCUACCAUAAUUGGGAUACUUUAAACACAGAUCUUUACUCCAUUAACGUCCCCUUGCUACCUAGUUUGUCUAUGGACACUAAAGUUUUCAUGGCUCCCAUCUGGGAAAAUAGAUGGGACUGUAUGUUUGAUUCACCAGCCAAAUCAAAACUCUCUUUGGAAUCCCAUUCCACUAUACAAACAUCAGAUAUCGAGGACGGGUCAGAGUAUAAGGAGCAAUCCAUCGUAUUCAAGUGGAACCCUAAAUUCCAGUCGCACUAUGACUCCAAACAUGUAUCAAAACACAGACAUGAUAUGCAGGUCCUUGAGGAUGGUGACAUUGCAGUGACCCCCUUACGUGCUGUGUUUCAAAUGAGUUCAAAUGUCUUGACUCAAGGUCAACUAAUUAUCGACCAUCCACACACUCAGGAAUCAAAAUAUAGUAUUGUGUUAUCCAUCAACUCCACAGAUUACAUCUACAAACCAUUAAGAACUGCACUAGUUAGAUUCAUGUCAAAUGUAUCUAUUUUAUCCAAUCUAAAUGACUCGAGUCUAAAUGGUUCUAGGAUCUUUCAUUUUGCUGAUUAUGAACAAUUAAAUAUGGAUAGGUUAUCCACUGAUCCAAAUUGCUAUUUUGCUAAUUGCUACAUCUAUAGAAAGGCUUUGAUCCGCAAACAUUAUUUGGCUAAUACCAUUCACAAUUAUAUUGUUAAACAUCCCGAAUCUAUCUUAAUUAAUGCAACUUUGGACACUUACACUAUAGACUUAGAUUAUGCAGAAUUUCUAGAUGAUUCGUUAGAUGAAAAUUGGGAAUUAAGGAAAGAAUUGGAGGAUUCUCCAAACACAGGCAAAUGGUGGAUAGUCAAACCCAGUAUGUCAGACAAGGGACAAGGUAUCCGUGUCUUCCAAACAAUUGACCAAUUACAAGCCAUCUUUGAUUCCUUCGAUGACGAGGUUGACGGUGAAGCUCCAUUACCUUCGUCAGUUCAUGAUUCAAUGAUUGAUAACAACAAGAUUAUCAUAUCGCAGUUGCGUCAUUUUAUCGUUCAAGAAUAUUUGACAAAUCCAUUGUUGCUACCAUCCAUGUCAAAUAGAAAAUUCCAUAUCCGUUGUUAUAUUACCUGUGUUGGUGACUUGAACGUUUACGUAUAUGAUAGAAUGUUAGCCUUAUUUGCGCCUGUCCCAUUUAUCUCAUUAAAACAAUUCAACGUGUCUGAUGAUCCAAUUGAUUUCAAUCCAACAGACUUAUCAAUCCUACAAGCACAUCUAACUAACACAUGUCUACAAACCAACAAUGAAGCAAAACAAUUGUCAGUAAUGGAAUUUGAUAAAUUGAAAGAUAUUCCAGAUGAUGAAAAAUUGAAUAUUAAAAAACAAAUAUAUGAGAUUGCACAUGAUCUCUUCUUAGCUGCAAAGACUGUCAACCCAUUAAAUUUCCAAUCUUUACCUAAUGCAUUAGAAACCUUUGGCGUUGAUUUCCUUGUCGAUGAUAAUUACAAAGUCAAAAUACUGGAAGUCAAUGCCUACCCUGAUUUUAAACAGACUGGUGAUGAUUUGAAGAAUUUAAUAGAUGAACUGUUUUUAAAUGUAGUUCAAUACGGUAUCAAACCAUUACUGAAUGGUACUGUUAACCAGGUUGAUGGAAAAACUACUUCCACACCUGACUAUGCUAGUAAACAUACUAGUUCAUUCAAAAAAGUGUUAACAUAUACCUCUAACGAGUGGUGA